AUGUCGGAUCUGCGCACACCUCUGAGGCCUAAGAGGAAGAAGGUCUGGGUCGACUACUUCGUCCAGUUCCGAUGGAUACUUGUGAUCUUCGUCGUGCUUCCGAUCUCCGCCACCAUGUACUUUCUGACAUACCUCGGCGACCUGAAAUCUGAGAGGAAGUCCUUCAAGCAACGCCAGAAGGAGCACGACGAGAACGUCAAGAAGGUUGUGAAUCGGCUGAAGCGAAGGGACCCUAAAAGGGAUGGCCUCGUCUGCACGGCCAGGAAGCCCUACAUUGCCGUCGGUAUGAGGAACGUUGACUACAAACGAGCCAGGCAUUUCGAGGUCGAUCUGUCAGAAUUCAGAAACAUCCUCGACGUUGACAAGGAAAGGAUGAUUGCAAAGGUGGAGCCGCUGGUCAACAUGGGGCAGAUCACCCGAGUCACAGUUCCCAUGAACCUCGCUCUCGCCGUGGUGGCGGAGCUUGACGAUCUCACCGUCGGAGGGCUCAUCAACGGGUACGGAAUUGAAGGAAGCUCCCACAUUUACGGCCUUUUCUCCGACACGGUGGUCGCCCUGGAAGUCGUCCUCGCCGAUGGCCGCGUGGUGAGAGCCACCAAGGACAACGAGUACUCCGACCUCUUCUACGGCAUCCCAUGGUCCCAGGGAACUCUCGGCUUCCUCGUCUCAGCUGAGAUCAAGCUCAUACCCGUCAAGGAGUACAUGCGGCUGACCUACACGCCAGUGCGUGGGAGCUUGCAGGACCUCGCACAGGCGUAUGCAGACUCGUUUGCGCCUAGAGACAAGGACCCCGGCAAAGUUCCCGACUUCGUGGAGGGGAUGAUCUACAACCCGAAUGAAGGCGUGAUGAUGACUGGCACGUACGCCUCCAAGGAGGAGGCGAAGAGGAAAGGGAACGUGAUCAACUCGGUGGGGUGGUGGUUCAAGCCAUGGUUUUACCAGCAUGCUCAGACGGCGCUCAAGAAGGGCGAGUUCGUGGAGUACAUCCCCACCAGGGAGUACUACCACCGUCACACCAGGUGCUUGUACUGGGAGGGCAAGCUGAUCCUCCCCUUCGGUGAUCAAUGGUGGUUCAGGUGGACCCUGGGCUGGCUGAUGCCCCCCAAGGUCUCCUUUCUCAAGGCCACUCAGGGCGAAGCCAUCAGGAACUACUACCACGCCAUGCAUGUGAUCCAAGAUCUGCUGGUUCCCCUCCACAAAGUGGGCGAUGCGCUGGAGUGGGUGCACGAGGAGAUGGAGGUGGGAACGCCCUCAUCCUCCUCCGGCUGAUUCUCUCUCCUCUGGUUCGUCCAUUGACUUUCAGUCGUGGGAUUGCGCAGGUUUACCCCAUCUGGCUGUGCCCUCAUCGCCUGUUCAAGCUACCCGUGAAGACGAUGAUCUACCCGGAGCCGGGCUUCGAGCUGCACGACCGGCAGGGGGACACGAACUUCGCGCAGAUGUUCACGGACAUCGGCGUCUACUACGCGCCGGGGCCCGUGCUGAGGGGCGAGGAGUUCGACGGAGCGGAGGCCGUGCGCCGCUUGGAGGAGUGGCUAAUCCAGAACCACGGUUUCCAGCCGCAGUACGCGGUCUCCGAGCUCAGCGAGAAGAACUUCUGGCGGAUGUUCGACGCCGGCCAUUACGAACACUGCCGGAGGAAGUACAACGCCAUCGGCACCUUCAUGAGCGUCUACUACAAGUCCAAGAAGGGGAGGAAGACCGAGAAGGAGGUGCAGGAGGCCGAGCAGGCCAUCGCCGAAGCCGCGUAUGCCGAGGAUGCCUGA